AUGUUAGAGCGUGAUUCGGACGGUGAAGCAGUAAACUCGAGUCACAGUUCAAUGAGCAGCGAAAGCUGCAGCAGCUUCAGCCGCCUCUCGUUCGACGCCGCCGCCGCCACCACCACCGCCUCCGACCUUGCGGCCGAGACACUAAGCCUCAAGCCUCACCGCUCCUCCGACUUCGCCUACUCUGCCAUUCGCUCCAAAAAAACAGCCCUCACUUUCCGCGACUUCCAUCGCCACCGACGCAUCGGCGCCGGCGACAUCGGCACCGUCUACCUCUGCACACUGAGAAGCAGGGACUCUUCAAGUCCGGCCGAUCAGGAUACAGAGUCUUCGUCUUCCUCGUGCCUUUACGCCAUGAAAGUCGUCGACAAGGAGGCUCUGGCGAUGAAGAAAAAGGUGCAGAGAGCCGAGAUGGAGAGAAAGAUCCUCAAAAUGCUUGACCACCCGUUCUUGCCUACUCUCUACGCCGAGUUCGAAGCCUCGCAUUUCUCCUGCAUCGUCAUGGAGUACUGCUCCGGCGGCGAUCUCCACUCCCUCCGCCACAUUCAGCCUCACAAACGCUUCUCCCUCAACUCCGCAAGGUUCUACGCUGCGGAGGUCCUAGUGGCGUUGGAAUACCUCCACAUGCUGGGAAUCAUCUACAGGGACCUAAAACCCGAGAACGUGCUGGUCAGAUCGGACGGUCACAUCAUGCUCUCCGACUUUGACCUCUCACUAUGCUCGGACGCAAUCCCUGCCGUUGAAUCACCCGACUCGUAUUCCGACUCCGCGUCCUUAUCGACCCCAUCGUACACCCGCCCGCAGAAGAGGGCAACUCUCACCCCCUUCUCCUGCCUCUCCAACCGGCUGUUCCGGUCGCGCAAGGUCCAGACCCUCUCCCAGAACCGGCUCUUCGUGGCCGAACCGGUGGCCGCCCGGUCGCAGUCCUUCGUUGGUACCCACGAGUACGUGACCCCCGAAGUCGCAUCCGGUCGGUCCCACGGCAACGCCGUCGACUGGUGGGCAUUCGGCAUCUUCCUCUACGAGUUGGUCUACGGCCGGACGCCUUUCGCGGCUCCAUCGAACGAGACCACCCUGCGUAACAUUGUGAAAAAACCUCUAACAUUCCCAACCUCCACGCCCUCCAGCGCGCUGGAGGGCCACGCGCGGGACCUCAUUUCCGGGUUUCUCAACAAGGACCCGGACCGGCGACUCGGGUCGAAGCGCGGAGCCGCUGACGUCAAGAAGCAUCCCUUCUUCAAGGGCAUCAACUUGGCGUUGGUACGGUCGCUCACGCCGCCGAUGAUCCCGGGUUCGAUGAGAAGGCAAAACACGACGCCGUGUUACCAGGCCGAGAGCGAGGAUAGUCGAAAUACGAGACAAUCGACGGUGUUCGAUUACUUCUGAGAAGCAACGGCGGGAUGUGCGCCACGCGUUGAGACAACCCUGCCAGAUUUUGUGACAGGCGGGUGACAGUUGUGUAUAUUCGAGCGGUCUUUUUUUUUUUCUUUUUUAAUAUUUAGAUUUCUUAUAUUUAGGUAACCAUCUGAGAACAUGAGAAAGAGAAAAAAAUCUGUAUUGCCAUGUUGGUAUGUACACGUGUUUUCUCUAUUUGACUAUUUUAUCGUUAAAAUGAGACAUAUUAGAUCAGACCGUCUUAUCACGUAUUUUGUUUAA